AUGAGCACCAACGGCGCUGUUCAAACUACGCAUCUAAAGCUGCCACUAGCUAGCGGCAGGGUGCUGUCGAUUGAGGAAACUGAGCUUGUACUUGAAGAUCCCAAUUCUGUAGACGACAAGAAGUCAAAAAGAGGUGGGCGCAAACCGGAAGAUGAUCGCAACGGACGCCAGACAUUGCCACUCUACAACGUCUUGUGGGCCGAAGUCGUUGAAGCCGACUUUACGAUAGAAUAUGCCCUGUUAUCAGACAAGUCCAGGUUUCAGGUUGAGAAAUGGACGCUACCAAUCAGCACAAACGACGAGCAGCCCAAACUCUCGCCCGUGACGUUUGCGACGGAGCUCUGUGCGCGAGCCUAUGGCGAUGCCCAACAACAGAGGCGCGCCUAUGUCCUCGUCAAUCCCAACGCAGGCCCAGGCAACGGCGUCAAGAGAUGGCAAAAUGAGGUCAAGCCACUGUUUGACGCCGCGAGGAUGGAGAUGGACAUUGUCUUUCUAAAGAGAGGGGGCGAGGCGCUGGAGCUGGUGGAAAAGAUGGACAUUGACAAGUAUGACACUGUCAUCCCGUGUUCGGGAGACGGUACGCCUCAUGAGGUCUUUAACGGGCUGGCCAAACGGCCCGACGCCAAACGGGCCUUUUCCAAGAUUGCCGUUGGACACAUUCCCUGCGGCUCAGGGAACGCCAUGUCCUGUAACCUAUAUGGAUCCCACAAGCCAAGCUUUGCAGCUCUUGCUCUCGUCAAAGGUGUCGUGACGCCGCUCGAUCUUGUGUCCAUCACCCAGGGGGACACGCGCAUUAUUUCGUUUCUGUCGCAAUCGCUUGGAAUUGUCGCUGAAGGCGACCUCGCCACGGAACACCUGAGGUGGAUGGGCAGCGCACGUUUCGAUUACGGAGUGAUCUCGCGCAUUUUUCGCAAAAAGAUCUAUCCAUGCGACAUUGCAGUACAGCUAGAGGUGGAGAAGCCUCAAGUCAAGGAGCAUUAUAGACGACAUGCGAGCCUACCGAGCCUCAAAAAAGCCGCCGCCGAGCAAGAUGCGGAUGAGGGCAGGGGACUACCCAGACUCAAGUACGGGACGAUAAAGGACAACUUGCCUGCCGGCUGGGAACUGGUGCCCUACGACAAAGUCGGCACAUUUUAUUGUGGCAACAUGGCGUACAUGGCGCCAGACGUACACUUCUUCCCCGCCGCCAUGGCCACAGAUGGGUGCAUGGACCUGAUUACCAUGAACGGCGACAUCCCAGCGCUAAAAGCCCUCAAGGCAUUCAUGUCCGUCGACUCGAACAAAUUUUUCGACCUCCCAUUUGUUCACUACAAAAAGGUUUCGGCGUACCGCAUCAUUCCGCGUGACCAAAAGGACGGCUACAUUAGCAUCGACGGCGAAAAGGUACCUUUUGAACCCUUCCAGGCAGAAGUACACCAGGGUCUAGGCAGAGUUAUCUCCAAGAGGGGCAUGUUUGAGGCCGAGGGCCCGGCCAACUGGGAAAAGGUUACGGUUUCGGAGCGGCUACACGCAUAA